AAUGGUGAAGCUCCAAAUUGCCCCAAAUGUGAAGAGAGAGAAAACACUAGGGCCAAACAAGGAAAACGACCACAUUAUAUUGGACAAUUAAAACUAACAGUAAUCCUUUAUAGCGACACACAUCCUAAAAGGUUAGAAAUAAACCAAAUAGCUAUACACGAUCAGGAUAAAGCUGAUUGUUUAGUAAUAAUGGGAACCUCUUUAAGAAUUCCUGGAGUAAAAGCUCUUAUUAAGGGUUUUGCAAGAGCAGUUCAUGGUCGUAACAGUUGUGUAAUAUCGGUGAAUGUUACGGAUGUAGUUAAUAAAGGAUGA